GCCCAAGGGCGGGGCGACCUCGUAGGGCCGCCUGGCUGCUCUAGGGAGUUUGGGUGCUUUAGCGCGCCAUCAAGGAGCGGCUGCGGUGCGGUCAGGGUGCGGAUGCUGGAAGUUCACAUCCCCUCGGUGGGGCCCGAGGCCGAAGAGCCCAGGCAGAGUCCAGAGAAAGGCCACAUGGUGUUCCAAGUGGAGGUGCUGUACAGUGGACGCAGACACACCGUGCCGAGGCGCUACAGCGAGUUCCACGCUCUACACAAGCGGAUCAAGAAACGGUACAAAGUGCCUGACUUUCCCUCAAAACGCCUGCCCAACUGGAGGACCAGAGGAUUGGAACAGCGCCGGCAGGGCUUGGAGACCUAUAUCCAGGGUAUCCUAUACCUGAACCAGGAUGUGCCCAAGGAGCUAUUGGAAUUCCUGAGACUUAGACACUUCCCUACAGACUCCAAGACCAGCAGCUGGAGCACCCUGAGGGAAUUCCUGCCUAGUGACACCAGCUCACAGCUCCACCACCGGCCUGUCAUCGGCUUCUGUAUGGACCCCUACAUUUACACCCCUUCCUCAGAACCUCUCCCGGAAGUGGUGGUGGACGGUGUCCUCCAGGGUCUCUAUGGCUUCAGCACUAGCCCAGCCAAAGGCUAACUGUCACCCUGCCCCAUCGCCAACAUCCUGACUAGUCCUGUCUUUGGGUCACUUGUCAGGAUGGUUAUGUGCCUCAAUCCUAGGAGUUCCAUAUAGGAAACUGGGUCUCUCCUUGGACUAGCCUCAGGGUGUAACUAGCUGAGGCUCAGUUAGGCCAGCCCCACUCAAGGCUCUGAACUUGGCUUGCACUGACAGCUGCAGCUGGUAGACCUCAAGACUCUUCAAAGUCAAGAUAAAGAAAAAAGCACAACACCAUUCCAGACCUAGGCUGAGAAGAUUCAGGUGUAUUUCCUAGCCCAGCUCGGCAGCUGGCAGCAGCUAUGGUGAGGCUCAGUAGCUGGCUAGCCUCUGCCUGAUGACUAGUGGGCACCACCUAGGCACAGGCGUAGGCAGGAGCCCAGGAGGGGCAUGCAUCUAUCAUCUAUCGCCAUGUAAGAGUCCUAGACAUGCUGGGACGCACACCCAGGACAGGUGCUACAGACACUCUCAAACACAGCCCACACCUACAUUAUAUAAAAAAAAGAAAACCCACUUUUUUUAUUGAUCAGAAUUGAUAGUUUGAUAUAAAAACCAGGCCUGUGGAAUGUGAGGGGGUGAGUCCACCCCCUCAGAUGGAAGCACUGGGGCCGAGUGGCACGGGGCCUGUGACUGGCUACCUUCACCCCUGUGAGGGUAGUGACGGGAUGUGCACGAACAGACGCUUGGAGGGAUGGGGUCCCUGAGACUCUACUCCUUGGCAAUGGCAAAGGGCUUCUCCACUUCGAUCUUGCCACAGUCUACAAUGAUCACAUCCUUCAGGGGCUUGUCCCGACUGUCUGUCUUGGUGCUCUCCACUUUCCUCACUACAUCCUAGAAAAGAAAGGCAGGAAAGGAGGGAGUGGGCAGGAUGGAAGUUGAAACACAACUGGGAGUCAGCCCAAGUGAGUGGCUUAGGAGGGUUGAGACUCUCAUGGGACGAACACAGAAACCCAAGGAACUGAAGGGCAGGCAGGGUGAGUGCAGAGCAUGGAUUAGCUGAUCCAGUGCUGCUCAGGGGUCUGAACACCCGAUUCAGUGACUGACUGACCAGAGGGCCUGGCAGCUGGACAAACUCAACAAGGUCUUCUGGACAGGUUGUCUGGGGUCUGGGAGGACUUAGGACCUUGGGGGCAUGGAAAUGAAGGCUGAGAAUCAUGUAUUCUUUUUUCCUGAUUGUGGUGUUAGGGACUGAACCCAGGGCCUUUUGCAUGCUAGAUUAAGCACUCUCUCAUGCAGCCAGUCAGGGACACUGUGAAAUGUGGUCUGAUGCUGUCCAACAUGGCCUUGGACUCCUGAGUGCAAGUGAUCCCCUUGUCUCAGCCCCCCCAACAGCCAGGACCAAGUGCAUGUGCAAGGAACUCAGUCAGGCUGUUUGUUCCUGACACCCCCACCCCUAUGCCAGGCUGUCAGGUUAGGAGGAACCACUGCUGGGCUGUGUCUGCGACUGAGGUGCCUUUGGGGAAGAUUUCCUACUUGAAGUCCUUGCCUAUUCCAGCUGGAUCCUUGGUAAGGACUAUCAGGGUUUAGCUCUCACUUUUAAACUUACCAUGCCCUCUAGAACUUUGCCAAAAACCACAUGUUUGCCAUCUAGCCAGGAUGUCUUGACUGUGGUUAUGAAGAACUGGGAGCCAUUGGUGUCCUUGCCUGCAUUGGCCAUGCUCACCCAUCCAGGCCCGUAAUGUUUCAGCUUGAAGUUCUCAUCUGGGAAGCGCUCACCAUAGAUGCUCUUUCCUGGGGAGAGAAUCAGUAGGUCAGAUGCUUGGGUGAGGAUCUAUGGGAUUCAGACUGUCCUGUCAGGCCAGGCUUGACUGGCAAACAAGGGCAUAAAACCAGCCUUCCUAUCUUCUACCCAAGCCAUCGGAAACAAGACCACCUGGGGUAUGAGGUCAGACUGACUUAGGCAAAUUACUAUGAGUAGUUUUAUGACUGUCACCGGGACAUAAUAUCAAUUAUCCUUGGCUGAGUCCUGAGGCCUAUAGGGAGGGACUUUGGAAAAAAGAUGCCCUGGUGCUAUGCAGGAUGCUGGGAGUGUGGAACCCUUCAGGAAAAAAAAAAGGCUGAUAUAGCCAACCAGAUUGCCUUUCUAGAGUCACAAGACAGGUGCAGCUGUAGAACAGAAUAGCAGAUGGGGGUUAGCUGGGGAAGGAAAAGUAGGACACAGGGCUGUUCUUUGGUUUCUUAAGAGCCAAGAGCUUCUUAUCAAGGCUGGAGCAUAAAAUAAAAAAUGCUUAUGAUUAA